ACCUAUUCAUGCCCACAUUAGUAUUGAACGACCAUCCCUUAUAGUACUAGUAGUUUUGGUUGAAUAGGAAGCAAAUCAAUAAUGUUACUCCGAAGUAACUCAUUUGGCACAACUAUACUGUGUCGCUCUUCAAUCCCCGGACUAUGUGCUAGCCCGAUGCUCGGCCCCUGUGAGCUCGACCCGUUGUUUCAAAUCUUUCACGGUGACGCCUGUUCCAUUUUAAUGUGCACGCUGCUGCGGUUGCGCGCGACCAACCUGUUCUACUGUUUCUUUCACUUGCAAUUCAUGGCCUGCAAUUUUCUUGGUCAAUCAUCAAGCUCAAGGGCCAAAAACUCUGGGAAAUGACACAUGCAAAUAUGCUCGAUCGAGAAAUCGGUUAGUA